AUGUUGCACUGAUACACGGCUAUAAUGUAUGCACGUAUGCUGCGCAGUGAUAUGUUUUUUACAGUUCGCCCAGUAAACGAUGAAAUCUUAUCUCUGCUCCGUGCUUUAUUAUUUUAUGUAGUUGUGUUGCAAGACACAACAGUAAAGCCUAAGAGAUUAACGCGAUGGCAAUAAAACACAGUUGGAACAGUGCAGGACAGUUUACGAGCUUCGUUUUUUUUUUUUUUCAUGACUGUGACCUCGAGCGACCAGAACAGGAAAUUCAAAUGGACGUUCUAUUUACAGUAUGCCGUGCUGCCUAUGUCUCUCUUAUCACGUUCUCUGCAGUCAAAUUGGGAUGUCUUCAUCACAGCCCGUAUAGGCAAUAUAAAAUACAGCAUAGAGCAGUCAACAGGGUUAGCUCUUGCACGUGCAAACUCUGGGUUUCAGAGAAUAACCAGCCAUGGACAGUCUUAGCAGUGCCAACACGACGUUCGCCUUGGAUCUCUUUCGGACUUUGAGCGAAACCAGUGCGAGUGGAAACGUCUUCUUCUCCCCCCUGAGCAUCUCCUCAGCUCUGGCCAUGCUCUAUCUGGGGGCCAAAGGAAACACCGCCGAUCAAUUGGCAAAGGUUCUUCGUUUCAGUGAAACCAUGGACGUUCACUCAGAUUUCCAGGCUCUCUGUUCUGGAGUAAACAAGCCUGCUGCCUCGUAUCUCCUGAAAAUCGCCAACCGUCUCUGUGGAGAAAAGACUUUCAACUUCCUCCCGAAGUUCCUAGAAAACACACAGAAGUUCUACAGUGCAGAUCUGAUGCCCUUGGAUUUCAUUGGUGCUGCAGAGGAGUCACGGAAACAGAUUAACCAAUGGGUGGAGGAGCAGACUGAAAGUAAAAUCAAAGACCUUCUUAUCCCAGGAACGGUUUCUGCCAUGACAAGACUGGUUCUUGUGAAUGCCAUCUACUUCAAAGGGAGCUGGAUGCACAGGUUUGAUGGAAACCGGACCAGAGAGAUGUCCUUUAAAAUCAGUCUUACUAAGAGCAAACCAGUACAGAUGAUGUACCAGAAGGACAAGUACCCCUACAACUACAUCCGAAAAUACGGACUGCAGAUCGUGGAGCUCCCCUACCAGGAGGACGAGCUGAGCAUGUUCAUUCUCCUGCCCAAGUCAUCCAUCUUUGGCAGCACCCUCAAAAAGCUUGAGAAAGAGCUCACUCUGGAGAAGAUUGACCGAUGGACAGACAGGAACAACAUGGAAAGAGGAACAGACAUCAAAGUUCGGCUGCCCAGGUUCAAGCUGGAGGAGAACUACGAGCUGAACGCCCCCCUGGAGCGUCUGGGCAUGCGCGACGUUUUCGACGGGGCGCGGGCAGACCUGACGGGCAUGAACGGGGAGGGCGGGCUCUUCCUGUCCGGCGUGGUGCACAAGUCGUUCGUGGAGGUGAACGAGGAGGGCACGGAGGCGGCCGUGGCAAACGCAGACUACAUAAGCUACGGUCUUUUCGAUUCGCCGAAUAAGAACUUCACCGCCGAUCACCCGUUCCUCUUCUUCAUCCGGCACAACCAGUCCCGCAGCAUCCUCUUCCUCGGGAAAUUUUCCUCCCCGUAAUGAACAACCUUGUGUGUAUUUUUAAAGACAAGGCUCAGGACAAUUGGGGGCUUAGUCUGGUCAGAACACAUACAAAGUAAUCUAUAUACAGGACUUGUAUUUUUGUUUCUUGAUAAUAGCUCAUUUGCAUUUGCAAGUGAUGAUACUUACACACCCAGUGGUCUGGGAAUGUUAAUUUGCCAGGUCUGACGUUGUGUAUGUUGAAAUAAAAUUGGUUUAAAAACA